AUGAACUCCGGACCCCAGCCCCGGACACCCUUCAGCAUCGCAGACAUCCUAGGUCCACGUCUGGUGCCCCGGGCACCCUCCGCGAUGCAGCUUCCAGAGUCGGAUACGAGUCCCACGUCGCCGCUAUGCGCGCUGGAGGAGCUGACAAGUAAAACUUUUCGUGGACUUGCCGCGCGCGCCCCGCAGCCCUUUGAAGGCAGGGCAGCCCCGGAUGCACUGGGACCUCGGCCCGAUGGCCGAAAACGGCGCAAGUCACGCACGGCGUUUACCACGCAGCAGGUACUGGAGCUGGAGCGGCGCUUUGUCUUCCAGAAGUACUUGGCUCCGUCCGAACGCGACGGUCUGGCGGCGCGACUCGGCCUGGCCAACGCACAGGUGGUCACUUGGUUCCAGAACCGGCGCGCCAAACUCAAGCGCGACGUUGAAGAGAUGCGCGCCGACGUGGCCUCCCUCCACGCACUGUCGCCCGCAGUCCAGUGCCGCCUAGCGCUGCCCGAUGGCGCGCUUGGCCCCGGCCCCGCUGGGCCCGACUCGGGGCCCCACCUGUCGGAGGAAGAGAUCCAGGUGGAUGAUUAA